AAAAAACCUAUCGAAACGAUAAAUCUUAGUCCAAAAUCCAUAAUAACCAUGGAAAUUAUGGAAGAAGAUCAUAGCACCAAAAUCAAACACAAACGAACCCUUUUAAUACUAAGCUGCAUCUUGUUAACCCUCGGCAACUGCGGGGGCCCACUAGUCAUGCGCCUCUACUUCAUCCACGGCGGUAAACGAGUCUGGCUCUCCAGCUGGCUGGAGACAGGCGGCUGGCCCAUCAUUCUCAUCCCCUUAGCCGCCGCAUACUACCAACGCCGGCACCGCACAAGAACCGCUAAACUCAUCCAGAUGAAGCCGUUCUUGUUCGUCGGCUCAGCAGUUAUCGGCUUGCUAACCGGCUUAGACGACUACCUGUACGCGGAAGGCGUGGCUCGGCUACCAGUCUCGACUAUGUCACUGAUAAUAGCGUCCCACCUGGGAUUCACGGCCGCAUUCGCUUUUCUGCUGGUGAAGCAGAAGUUCACGUCGUAUUCGGUAAACGCGAUCGUUUUGCUGACGAUCGGUGGGGCCGUGCUGGCGCUCCACACGAGCGGUGACCGGCCCAAGGGGGAGUCGGAGAAGGAGUACAUAAUGGGGUUCUUUAUGACACUUUCGGCGGCGGCUCUGUACGGCUUUGUGUUGCCGCUUGUAGAAUUGAUGUAUAAGAAGUCGAAGCAGAGGAUUACAUACUCCUUGGUCUUGGAGAUUCAGUUGGUCAUGUGUUUUUUCGCCACUGUUUUUUGCACCAUCGGCAUGCUUAUUAACAAUGAUUUCAAGGCUAUUCCAAGAGAAGCAAAAAGGUUUGGUAUGGGGGAAACCAAGUACUAUGUGGUGCUAGCAUGGAGUGCAAUAGUUUGGCAAGGCUUUUUCUUGGGAGCAAUAGGAAUAAUUUUCUGCGCCUCAACUUUGGUAUCUGCGAUUCUAAUUGCGUCUCUCCUGCCGGUGACUGAGGUUUUGGCUGUUAUUUUUUACCAUGAAAAUUUCAAAGCCGAGAAAGGAGUUUCACUUGCACUCUCUCUCUGGGGCUUUGUCUCCUAUUUUUAUGGUGAGAUCAAACACAUCAAUAAAAAUAGGAAGAAGAUGAUGAAUAUGCUCGCCCCAGAAUCAGAAAUUCCUCGCACCUUAGAUCUUUCGUGAAAACAUUUUCUUUCUGUUGAUGAAUUUUUAAUAGUGCAGUGCAUGAUCAAUCAUUUGACAUCCAAAAGGCAAAGCACGAAAAAUCAAUAGGGUUUGGCAAUGCCAUUGAAUUUGCAAAAUUAGCA